CCUAACCAACGUGCUAUUCUGAAAUUGCGACUUUUUUUUGGUAACUACAGAACUGGUCAAAGCCUCACAGGAUGCCAGAGUAAACGAAACAGAAAUACCACCCGAGCUUCUAAGCAAGAUCAAAGUACGGCCACCUGUUCCAAAACGAUACACCUAUCACUCUCAUACCAUUGAUGAGCCAUGGAUGCGACUUGAAAACGCGCGCAAUUAUAGUCCUGGUGCAUCUAUUGCUGCCGAAGUAGGUGCAACGGCUGGUGGUACAAAACUUGCCAAAAAACAUCAUUCUCAUGAAGCGCUAAACAAUCAUGACAAAUCGCCAGUCAAGCUCACUUGUACAGCAUUCAGAGAUCGACUCAUUGAAUUCCUCAUGUAGGUCCAAGCUUGUCCUGGAAUUUAAUAUAAUAGUACGAUUUGCUAAGCAACGUUGUGUGCCCUAAAUAUUACAGUGAGCAACAGAAUUCAAAAAGUGCAUUGGACGAGGAUGAUAUUGCGUCUAUUAUGCUAGUGAAUCUCCCAAAAGAAUUUGUGCCAGAUCCUCGAACUUAUCGAAUCCUGCAAAGACUGAUUGCUGACGAAGCUACAGACCUUGAGGAUGAGUGCAUUGUUGAGGCAUUUUAUGAUUAUUUUGGGUCUAGUGUCAAGGCAGUUACCGUGAGUGAUUUGGAGCAAAGCUGGGUCAACAACAUUCUACGUGCAAUCCCACGAAACCUGAAAACAAGCUAUCCAGCCCAAAUAUCCCACUUGUUGGAGGAGGUUCAAGAGUCGUUUCGCGAAAGUGGAAAAAAUUCUGCUGUUCAUCACAUUCUAAAGAAACCAGCUCAUCUUCAACAGCAACAGCUACUUGAUACUUAUCAAAAACAACCAGCAUUUAGCGAAACACUUUCAAACCCAUCUCCAUGGCACAAAUCUUUUGUUGAAAACAAAGCAAAGAUUGAGCGGCUGCUAUUUAUUAGCAACCAUGCCCUAUGUCAUUUGAUGCAAACUGCAAGCUACUUUUCACAUCUUCGCUAUGUAGAUAUCAAGGAGAUGCGGAGCCAACGUGAUGCAUUCAGAAUUUCUUCUUAUCGCAGCUUGAUGUUGGUUCAAGCUGAGAAAUGCCGUACAAAAAUUUGGCAUGGAUGGCUUGCAAUUAUUUUGAAGAAUUUUGCAGAAACCUAUAUUCGUAAAAGAAAGCGCGAGGUACUCCCCCAAAAACCAUCCGAGCCUUUUUUCCGCUGUGCUCAAAUGCUAAUCUGUAAUCAGCUCCAAGCAAUCAUGGUUGAAUCAAUCAACGACUAUGUUCAUAUGUUCAGUUUUUACCCAAUAGCACUUUCUAACUCGGAUGCAGUAUAUGUCAAGGGAAAAAACUUGAAACCUCCACGCUUUAGCGUCAGACUCACUUUUACUAUAAAAGCAAGAGUAAUCGAGUUUGACCCACCUUUUAACGAGAUUGAAGACGCAGUUCUUGAUGGUCUUGGGUUUCUUGUUUCUACGGUGGAUACUGCGCCACGUAUUGAGUCAGCCAUCUACGGCCACAACGGAGAAGCUCUUUUGGCCAUGGAGUUCCCUUCUAUUCAAACUGUAUUGCAAAAUACUCAUGCAACUAGCGUUGAUUCGGAUGGAAACCCAGCAUUCCGCAUGUCCAUUGGCGAUGUUGAGCAAAUCAAACUCUAUGUUGAAGACUCGCUUAUAGAGGCCACAAACUCUCACUUGAAGAAAUACGUAAACAAUUGUUUUGCAAUUGCCGCCGAGUAUCUAACUCGGUAUGAUCCCUACAUUGAGCUUUUUUCCUCUGAGAUAGACUGCCAGGUUGAAGAGUUUUUUUCAACAGCACACUCAUUUGAGGAGCACGUGGAACAAAUUGAAAAGUAUAAAUCAAUCGUCAAUGAGAUCCUCAGUCAUCCUCGUCGAGUUGAGCUUGUUUUGAUUGAUCUCAUAACAGAAGAUCUUCAUCGUAUUUUUGUUGCCCGUGCAAAUUCUUUGGCUGCCAGGUUUAUCACUAAAAUCACUGAGCAAAGCAUUGAACAUCAACAGCAAAUAUGUGCUCGCUACGAAGCAAUUGAAGAGCGUGCAUUGCAGAUACCCGAAGGUUUCAAAGAGAUGGCAGAGCAAAUGGAAUACAUGCAGAAAACUCUUGAAGAUGAGCUGCCAUUGCUCUUACUUGAGCUAGAGGAAAGCAGACGUAAACUAAUGCAUAUUUUCAAUUACUCGUUGCUGAAUGACGAGCAUAUUAAACUCAAUUCAAAAACAUUUACUUGGCCAGCAAAAAUUAUACCUAUUUUAGAGCAGCAUAAUAUUAUUAUAGGUGCUGCGAGAGAGAAAUCUGAAGAAAAUCUUCGUGAGCGGCGUACCAAGUUUGAGUUGGAGCUGGAAGAGAUUCGUGUUCAGGUGGACGAAUUAAAGGAAGUAGGAGAUUUGGACGAAAUGCCAUUUUAUGUUAAAAAAGUACAAGCUCUUGCAAAGCAGCUUCAAGCUGCUCAAGAUUCUGUUGCUGGAUUCAAUAAGGAAGAACAGCUAUUUGGAUGGCCAGAAACGUCAUACCCGCAACGAAAACAAAUCAUGGCAGCACUCGAACCCUUUCAGGCAUUAUACACCACAGCCGUUACCUUUCAAAAAAGUUACAAAAAAUGGAUGGAUGGCAAUUUGCUUGAGCUCGAUGCUGAGCAGAUUGAGCAAGAGGUUGAUUCAUUGAAACGAGACAUGUACCGUGUGCUUGGAGCACUUGUGCAGGAUUCUGCACCACAAAACAUUGCCAAAGCAGUCAAGGAAAAAAUCGACGAGUUUAUGGUCAACAUUCCGCUUAUACAUGUGCUAUGCAAUCCUGGCAUGCGUGAUCGCCAUUGGACAAAAAUGAGUGCUGCUGCUGAAUUUGAAAUUCGACCUGACGGAUCUGCUAGUUUACGAAAAAUGCUAAAAAUGAAUCUGGAGCAGUUUCUCGUUCCAUUCCAGGAAAUCAGCGAUUUUGCUUCCAAGGAAUAUACUUUGGAAAAGAAUAUGAGCAAGAUGUUCCAAGAGUGGGAACCACUUGAAUUUAUUCUUAUUGCGUACCGAGAAACUGGAACACAUAUUCUUGCAUCUGUUGAUGAGGCUCAACAGUUGCUAGAUGAUCAAAUUGUCAAGACCCAGUCCAUGCGUGGAUCUCCCUACAUCAAACCGUUUGAACAGCAAAUUAAAGAAUGGGAGCACAAGCUACUCACCACCCAAGAAAUUAUUGAUGAAUGGUUAAAAGUACAGGCAACAUGGCUAUAUUUGGAACCUAUUUUUUCAAGCGAAGACAUUAUGAAUCAAAUGCCUGAAGAAAGUAAAAAGUUUAAAAUGGUAGAUUACUCAUGGCGUAAAACCAUGUGUGUUGUUAGCCAAGAUCGUCACAUUCUUAAAAUCACAACCAUUCCUAAUCUACUUGAAGAGCUGCAAAAAAACAAUAUCAUGCUUGAAGAGAUUCUUAAAGGACUCAAUUCCUAUUUGGAAGUCAAGCGACUUUUUUUCCCAAGAUUCUUUUUCCUGUCCAACGAUGAGAUGCUCGAGAUUCUGAGCGAAACCAAGGAUCCGACGCGUGUGCAGCCGCAUCUUAAAAAGUGUUUUGAAGGUGUUGCUACACUCGAGUUUGACGAAAAAUUGGAUAUCAUCAGUCUAUACUCUAGCGAGAAAGAAAGAUUGGCACUGACUAAAAAAGUCUCGACAGUAGAUGCAAAAGGUACAGUGGAGAAAUGGCUUCGCGAUGUUGAAAAUGCCAUGUUAAGCAGUCUUCACUCUAUCAUCAAGGCUGCAUAUUUGGCAUAUCCAAAUAGCCCAAGAGAAAAAUGGGUGUUAGAAUGGCCCGGCCAGGUUGUUAUAUGUGUGAGUCAAAUUUAUUGGACCUUGGCUGUCGAAAAAGCCAUUCUUGAGGGGAAAAGAGGAAUUGAGCAACACCUAAUGCAACUCAAUCGGGAUUUGAAUGAAACCAUCAAGCUUGUUCGAGGAGAGCUUUCUAAAAUGGCAAGAUACACACUUGGAGCCUUGGUUGUGAUUGAUGUGCACGCUCGUGAUGUUAUAGCCAAUAUGGCACAUACUGAAAAUAUCAAAGACACCAACGAUUUUGCGUGGCUAUCCCAAUUACGAUACUAUUGGGAAAACAAUAAUGUAAUGGUCAAGAUGAUUAAUGCACAAAAACGAUACGGUUACGAGUAUCUGGGAAAUUCCGCUCGCUUGGUCAUCACACCCUUGACUGAUCGAUGUUACAGAACAUUAUUUGGAGCUCUGCAUCUGAAUCUUGGUGGUGCUCCAGAAGGUCCAGCAGGAACAGGAAAAACUGAAACAACCAAGGAUCUUGCCAAAGCUCUUGCAAAACAGUGUGUUGUGUUCAAUUGUUCCGAUGGUCUUGAUUAUCUGGCCAUGGGUAAAUUUUUCAAAGGACUUGCGACUUCUGGUGCAUGGGCUUGCUUUGACGAGUUUAAUCGAAUUGACUUGGAAGUACUGUCUGUAGUUGCUCAGCAGAUUUUGACUAUACAGCGAGCCAUUGCAUUGGAUCUCAAAGAGUUUAUGUUUGAAGGGAGCAAAUUGGCACUGAAUCAGCAAUGUGCCGUAUUCAUUACAAUGAAUCCAGGCUAUGCUGGUCGAUCAGAACUUCCCGACAAUUUAAAAGCACUAUUCCGUACUGUUGCCAUGAUGGUGCCCGACUAUUCACUUAUUGCCGAAAUUACACUCUACUCAUUUGGAUUUAUUGAAGCUCGUAAUUUGGCAAGGAAAAUUGCUGCCACGUACAGACUGUGCUCUGAGCAACUCUCGUCGCAGGACCAUUAUGACUAUGGCAUGCGUGCUGUAAAAUCAGUCUUGACUGCCGCAGGAAACCUCAAACUAAAAUAUCCAGAUGAAGACGAAAGCGUUUUAGUGCUUCGAUCCAUCAUCGAUGUCAACCUUCCCAAAUUUUUGUCACAGGAUAUUGCUUUAUUCAAAGGCAUUGCGACAGAUUUAUUUCCGGGCGUUUGUCUUCCAAAAUCAGACUAUGUCAAGCUAGAAGAUGCAAUACAAAUUGCCUGCCAAAGAAUGAACCUACAAAUGGUGCCGGCAUUUGUUGAAAAGGUGUUUCAAUUAUACGAGAUGAUGCUUGUUAGACAUGGAUAUAUGCUAGUUGGUGAACCAUUUUCAGGGAAAACUACUGCAUAUCGUGUUCUUGGCGAAGCAUUAAACAUUAUUGCGGCUAAUGAGCCAGCAGGGACGGAUGAGUGGCUUAGUGUGCAAUACAAAGCCAUUAAUCCAAAAUCAAUUACAAUGGGACAGCUCUAUGGACAAUUUGAUCCUAUUUCUCAUGAAUGGACUGAUGGUGUACUUGCAACUAGUUUUAGAUCAUACGCCAGCAGCACAAGUCCUGAUCGAAAAUGGGUUAUUUUUGAUGGCCCAGUAGAUGCAAUUUGGGUUGAGAAUAUGAACACCGUGUUGGAUGACAACAAAAAACUCUGUUUAAUGAGUGGUGAAAUUAUCCAACUUUCCAACACUAUGAGUCUGGUUUUCGAAGUGAUGGAUCUUUCAGUAGCUUCUCCUGCUACUGUAUCUCGAUGUGGAAUGGUGUAUCUCGAGCCAGAACGGCUUGGUUGGCGGCCCCUGUUGCAAUCGUGGCUAAACAGUAUCACAUAUCUAUCAGCCACUAUUAAAGAAUACAUUAGCCAACUAUUCGAGACUUUUGUUCAGCCAUCAUUGACGUUUGUUCGUAAAGAUUGCAAGGAACUUUCACCUACAACAGAUAUAGGACUUGUUAAUUCACUUUUGCGACUUUUUGAUAGUACGUUUGAUGAUUUUCGAAAACGCGGUAUUAUUGAAGAGAACGACCAAGACUCACUUUGGGAGCAGCGGAUUCAGUGUCGUUUCUUGUUUUGCAUGGCAUGGACAAUAGGUGGAAGUAUCGAUACUCCGAGCCAGCUCAAGUUUGAUCACAUGAUGCGACAAUGCAUCUAUAAAAUGCAGCCUCCCCUAAAACUAGAGCUUCCAAUUGAAGGCACAAUAUAUGACUAUCUGUAUCAGUCAAAUCAACAAGAGUCUGACUCCGACUUUUCAGAUUCCACAAAGCAGCUCCAACACAACAAAGACGCAUGGAUUCCGUGGUUACAGACCAUUCCCGCAAUUCAUUUACCUACCAAUUCUGAUUUCAAUGACAUUAUUAUUCCUACAAAAGAUACCGCAAGAUACAACUAUCUCAUGGAUCUUAUGAUUCUACAUGAUAUUCCACUACUUUUAGUUGGACCGACGGGUACUGGAAAGUCAAAGUAUAUCAGCAGUAAGCUUCUCAAUGGCAUAUCGCGUGACAUGUUUCUUCCACUUGCAAUCAAUUUUUCAGCACGUACAAGUGCCAACCAAGUCCAAGACUUGGUGAUGGCUAAAUUAGAUAAACGACGUAAAGGUGUAUUUGGUGCUCCAGUUGGAAAGCGAUAUAUUGUGUUUAUUGAUGAUUUGAACAUGCCAGCAAAGGAGCAAUACGGUGCACAACCACCUAUAGAGCUAUUUCGACAAUGGAUAGAUCACGGUAAUUGGUACGACCGUAAAGAUACUUCACGCAUUGAGUUGGUAGAUAUACAGCUUAUUGCGGCAAUGGGACCACCAGGCGGAGGAAGAAAUUUGAUCACUCCACGAUUCCAACGACACUUUAACCAAGUAGUAAUCAACUCAUUUGACGAUGCAACCAUGUUUCGUAUUUUCAAUUCCAUUUUGGAAUGGCAUUUUUCACGUUUUGAAUUUGUGGAAGAGAUUCGAAAUAUUUCAUAUAUUCUUGUUGACAGCACAAUGAGUGUGUAUCAAUGGGCGGUUAAAAAUCUGCUACCCACUCCUGCAAAAACCCACUAUACAUUUAAUCUGCGUGAUUUUGCCAAAGUUAUUCAAGGCUUAGUGCUAUCACGCCCAACUCAUUUUGGAUCUGACACUUCCAUGCUACGUCUUUGGACACAUGAGGUUUACCGAGUAUACUACGAUCGACUUGUUGCUGAUGAAGAUCGCAGCAAUAUGUUUGCGUUUGUAAUGUCGACCAUUAACGAGAAAUUCAAAAAAGAUCCAAACAUAGUGUUUGCUCAUGUAGCAACGGGUGAUAAAGUAGAUGAAAGUCCAACUGUUGUGGAUGACGACAUGCGCAGUGUGUUUUUCGGUGAUUUUGUUACUUGUGCAAGCCCGGGAGCAGAAACCAACUAUAUAGAGGUUGAAAAUUUUGAUACAAUUAGCGAGAUAUGCAAGGCUCAAUUGGCUGAAUACAAUCAAGUAAAAAAGACAAAGCUUGAUUUAGUUUUGUUUCGAUUUGCAAUUGAACAUGUUUCCAAAAUUUGUCGAAUACUCAAGCUGCCUGGUGGAAAUGCGCUGCUUGUGGGUGUUGGAGGCAGUGGUAGACAGUCAUUGACUCGUUUAUCUGCAUUUAUUUCAAAGUAUCAAGUCUUCCAAAUUGAAAUAUCAAAAUCAUACUCGAGAGUGGAAUGGCGUGACGAUCUGAAAAAAAUUCUAACAAUGACAGGAGUGGAGAAUCAAAAAACGGUAUUUUUAUUCCCAGAUACUCAGAUUCGCGAAGAAUCUUUUAUUGAAGAUGUUAAUAGCUUGCUCAAUGCGGGAGAUGUACCAAACCUAUUUGCAGCAGACGAACGCCAAGCAAUUGUCGAAAAAUUGGCAAACGAUGCUGUGGAAGAUGGAAAGGCCGCAGAUGCAAGUCCCAUGGCAAUCUAUUCUUAUUUUGUUGACCGGGUUAAAAAAAAUCUUCAUAUUGUACUAUGCAUGAGUCCCAUUGGAGACGCCUUUCGAGCCCGCUUGCGACAGUUUUCUUCAAUUGUCAAUUGCUGUACUAUCGAUUGGUUUCAAGCGUGGCCAAAUGACGCACUUCAAGCCGUUGCAAAGCAGUUUCUUCAAGAUACCAAUUUGGACACUUCAAUUUUUGAUAAAGUGAUUGCCAUGUGCCAGUAUUUUCACCAAUAUGCCAUUGCACUUUCCCAACGAUACCUGGUUGCACUUUCGCGUCACAACUAUGUUACUCCCACAAGCUAUCUGGAGCUACUGAAUGCAUACAAGACGCUUCUAAAUCAAAAGUUUCAGGAAAUAUCAAUGGUAAGAAAGAGAUAUGCAGGUGGAUUGGACAAGCUCCAGUUUGCAGCUGAACAAAUUGCUCGCAUGCAAGUGGAUCUUAAAGAAUUGCAACCCCAGCUUUUAAAAACAUCUGAAGAAACUAUCGAGAUGCUUGCAAAAAUUGAAAAAGAGUCGGUCGAGGUAGAAUCAACGAGAAAAACAGUUGCAUCUGAUGAAGCUAUUGCGUCUUUUAAAGCUGAACAAUCAGCAGCCAUGAAAAACGAAUGCGAAAACGAUUUAGCCGAAGCUCUUCCACUUCUCAAUGCAGCCUUGGCUGCUUUGGAUACUUUGAAAAAAACGGAUAUUGAUCUUGUCAAGUCCAUGAAAAAUCCUCCUGAUGGGGUCAAGCUUGUUAUGGAAGCUGUUUGUGUCAUGAAGGAUAUUAAACCAGAAAAAAUCCCGGACCCAUCGGGAUCAGGCCGUAUGGUUUUGGACUACUGGAAACCCUCGCUUAAAAUGCUUGGAGAUCCUCAGUUUCUCAAUAGUCUUAAAAGCUUUGACAAGGACGACAUUCCACCCCAUGUCAUCAAAAAAAUUCGUCAAACGUUUAUUCCCAAUCCAGAAUUCAAACCAGAAAAGGUACGCAAUGCAUCAUCAGCUGCCGAGGGACUAUGCAGUUGGAUUGGAGCCAUGGAAGCAUAUGAUCGUGUUGCCAAAAUUGUGGCCCCAAAACAGGAAGCUCUGGCAAAAGCAGAGGCUGAAUUGGCAGAAACCAUGAAGGGGCUUGACGAAAAGCGAGCAUUGCUCAAAGAAAUCAUGGAUCGCCUACAAUCUCUCAACAAUAAUCUUCAAGCCCUAACUGAAAAAAAGGCAAGGUUGGAAAAAGAAGUCAAGAGUUGUGAAGAUCAACUGGAUCGUGCCCAAAAACUUUUGGGGGGACUUGGAGGAGAAAAGCAUAGGUGGACCGAAAUUACAAAGCAGUUGGAUGGUACGCUGUAUAACCUGAGUGGGGACGUUUUGAUUUCGGCAGGAGUUGCUGCGUAUCUGGGUGCAUUUACCAAACUGUAUCGACAAGAAUGCGUGGCUUCAUGGGUCGAAACACUAAAAAAAGAAAAGAUUCCUUGCACCGAUGCAUUUUCACUGAUUAAAGUACUUGGCGAUCCAAUCAAAAUUCGUGAAUGGAAUAUUGCUGGACUUCCUUCUGAUGCAUUCUCGGUUGAUAAUGGAAUAAUUGUGCAGAAUGCCAGGCGAUGGCCACUCAUGAUUGAUCCACAAGGGCAGGCCAACAAAUGGGUAAAAAAUAUGGAAAAAAAUCACAAACUAGUCAUUAUUAAGCUCACCGAUACCGAUUUUGUACGCAACCUUGAAAAUGCCAUUACUUUUGGCUUGCCAGUGCUUUUGGAAAAUCUAAAAGAGGAAUUAGAUCCAAUUUUAGAUACUAUUUUACAAAAACAGACGUUCAAGUCUGGUGGAGCAACAUGCAUUCGACUCGGUGACGCGGUAAUCGAGUACGCCGAGUCAUUUAGGCUAUACAUGACAACAAAGCUGCGCAAUCCACACUAUUUUCCUGAAACAAGUGUCAAAGUGUCAUUGCUAAACUUUAUGAUUACUCCCGAGGGAUUGGAAGAUCAACUGCUUGGUAUUGUCGUGGCAAAAGAGCGGCCAGAGCUGGAAGAAGAAAAAGUGCAACUAAUAUUUCAGAGUGCGGAAAAUAAAAAGAAGCUGCAGGAAAUCGAGGACCAAAUUUUGCAGAUCCUAUCGUCAGCAGAGGGCAAUAUUUUGGAAAACGAGACCGCUAUCGAAGUGUUGUCUUCAUCCAAAGUUCUUUCUGUUGAGCUGUUUGAUAAGCAGCGGGUUGCAGAGGAAACAGAAUGCAAAAUCGACGAAACGCGCGAGUCCUAUAGACCUAUUGCCAACCACUCUGCAGUACUCUAUUUUUGCAUUGCAGAUCUAACGAACAUUGAGCCUAUGUAUCAGUACUCAUUGGUAUGGUUUAUGGAUUUGUUUGUUAUUUCAAUUUCUCAGUCCAACAAAUCAAGUGUUGUGAAGCGGCGUCUCAAAAAUCUCGAAUCAUACUUUACAUACUCUUUGUACUGUAACGUAUGCAGGUCACUUUUUGAAAAAGACAAGCUUUUGUUUUCAUUUUUGCUAUGCAUAACCAUUUUGCGCAAAUACAAUGAUUUAGAUGAAGCCGAGUUUGCACACUUUAUGACGGGGGGUAUUGGACUAGGUGGACAAUGCAUUCCAAAUCCAGAUCCAUCCAUAAUUUCUGAAAAAGGCUGGACAGAAAUUGGACGACUUUCUGAUCUUCCAGCAUUCAAAGGACUUAUUCAGGAGUUUAGUCUUUCAGGUUGGAAGCAAGUGAUAGAUACAAACGACCUGCUUGAAGUGAAAUUUCCCGGGAAAUGGAAUACCAUCAAUGACUUUCAGCAUCUAUUGAUUAUUCGUGCAUUGCGACCAGAAAAAAUUGUGCCUAGUGUACAAGAGUUUGUCAAGGCAAAGCUUGGCCAUAAAUUUAUUGAACCACCUAUUUUUGAUUUGGCUGGUAGUUACGAAGAUUCGAGCAAUCACAGUCCAUUAAUUUUUAUUUUAUCUCCAGGAGUAGAUCCAAUGGCACAGCUGAUCAAGUUUGCAGAGGACCAAGGAUUUGGAGGCCAAAAGUGCCAAAGCAUAUCUUUGGGUCAAGGUCAGGGUCCAAUCGCUGCACAAAUGAUUCGCGAAGCCCAGAAAGGCGGUACAUGGGUCGUGUUGCAGAAUUGCCACUUGGCAGUGAGUUGGCUCAGCACUCUUGAAAAAAUAGUCGAUGACAUGACCAGUGGAGCAUCUGUUCAUCGUGAUUUCCGGCUUUGGCUAACUUCAUAUCCAAGUCCCAAAUUCCCGUCAUCGAUCCUACAGAUUGGCGUUAAAAUGACAAAUGAGCCGCCAAAGGGAAUCAAGGCAAAUAUUCUCAAAAGUUACUUGAGUGACCCCAUUUCAAACGAAAAGUUUUUUGCAGCAUGUAAGAAACCUGCAGAAUGGGAAAAGCUGCUGUUUGGUCUAUGUACCUUUCAUGCCAUUGUGCAAGAAAGACGAAAUUUUGGCCCACUUGGUUGGAAUAUUCCGUAUGAAUUCAACGAAUCAGAUCUACGAAUUAGUAUACGCCAAUUGCAGAUGUUUUUAGACGAAUAUGCCGAGAUUCCUUUCAAAGCAAUCAUCUAUCUUACUGGAGAGUGUAACUAUGGUGGCAGAGUAACAGACGAGUGGGACAGACGCACACUUACCAAUUUAUUAACCACGUUCUACUGCCCAGCAAUAGUAGAGGACAAUGGGUAUCGUUUCUCUCCUUCUGGUGUGUACUAUGCACCAGCCAAAGGAAAAUAUGAUCAAUAUCUAGAGUAUGUGCGAAGUCUUCCUCUCAACCAGAGUCCUGAAAUCUUUGGCAUUCACGACAACGGAGAUAUUGCUAGACAGCUGGCAGAAACUAGACAGCUUUUUGAAAGUGUGAUUCAAACACAGGGUAAUACGUUUGGGUCAAGUCAGGGCAAUGGACAAAAAUCAAGUGAAGAGAUCAUCAUUGAAAUAUCGUCAGAUAUUCUUUCCAGGAUCCCAGCAGCGUUUAAUCUUGAAGAAGCAAUCAAGAGGUAUCCUGUGGACUAUAACGAAAGCAUGAAUACGGUACUUGUUCAAGAGAUGAUUCGUUUCAACAAACUUAUUCAGGUGGUGCUGGGGGGUUUGGCAAAUGUGCAGAAAGCAAUCAAGGGCUUAGUGGUUAAUUCUUCAGAACUCGAAGAAGUAUGCAAAAGCAUUCUUGUUGGCCGAGUUCCUGCCAUGUGGGCAGCCAGAUCGUAUCCAUCUCUGAAACCGCUUGGAGGCUAUGUCAAUGAUUUGAUUGCACGAAUCAAAUUUUUCCAAACAUGGCUAGAGCACGGCAGCCCAGUAGUGUUUUGGAUGUCAGGUUUCUUCUUUACACAAUCGUUUAUUACGGCCACACUACAAAAUUAUGCGCGAAAGUAUACAAUUCCAAUUGACGAGCUUGGACUGGAUUUUGAAGUCAUGCCAACCACCACAUCCGCAGUAUCUCCAGUCGAUGGAGUCUAUGUUAAUGGCUUGUAUCUCGAAGGAGCUCGCUGGGUGAAAGAACGCAAUGUGUUGGGUGAGUCAUUCAACAAAGUGUUGUAUGACCCAAUGCCAAUGAUUUGGUUCAAGCCAAUUCGCAUUGUGGAUACCAAAACCACCGGAACCUACACAUUGCCGGUCUACAAGACCAGUGCAAGACGUGGUGUACUGUCAACAACGGGCCAUUCAACCAAUUUUGUGAUUGCAAUCAGGCUCCCGACUGACAAGCCAGAAAAGCAUUGGAUCAUGCGUGGUUUGGCUGCUAUGUAA